AUGGGAGAGAGAGACGCGGUCGAUAAAACCUAUCAAGAUUUCCUCUCGAACGCAACAAAAGAAGAAAUUGAUAUACUCACAAAUGAAGUCGAGCCCCAGCAGACCGAAUUUGAUAACUUAUAUCUUCAAUAUGACCUUACCAUGUGGGAGUCUUUCAAAGCCCUUCACCAAAAGGUGAACUCAUACUCGAAGUCGCGCGAGAGCAUUAAACACUACUGGAAAAACGUCAUAGUGAACUCUGGUGUAUUAAAGAAGAUUGGGAGCACAUCUACAGAUCUAGUUGUGUUAGACUAUUUGAAGGACGUUCGACUUUCUGGGUUCAAUCAGAUAGUCACCCCUGAUUUAGUUGUUGGAGACAAGAAGAGAUUACGAGUUGGGUAUACACUGAAUUUUAUCUUUGAAGAAAACGAGUGGUUUCCUGAUAUUGAGUUAUCAAAGAAGAUAUCGUACUUAUACAAUGACACGUAUACCUGUGGUAAAUUAGUGAAUUCGGGGGUGGUCUUUUAUGAUGGCAAAGUGCCCAAAUUUGUUGAUAGUACUGAAAGUAGCUUCUUCGACUUUUUUGAGCCAGUGAAUCAAAAGGAAGAAUACUCGGUGUCUGAAGAGGGCGAUGAAAUUGAAGAAACAGUCGACGAACAAUUGAGGUCCGUGUUUUAUUUUGCUAAUGAUAUUAUACCUAACAGCUUAUACUUUUUAAGAAACCAAAUGGAUAAAUAUGACGACUCGGAAAUGACAGACUCGGACGAGGAUACUGAUGACUCAGACCAAGAUGAUUCUGAAGACUAUGAGGAACUGAUCGACGAAGAUAACUGA